UUCUUUAAAUUAUUUUCGGCUAUGCAGUUUGAGUUUGUUCCAUGUUUAAUUUUCAGGAAACAACUAUUUACAAUCUCCAUAAGUGCUAAAAGAGAAUCUGUCCUCUCUCUCUCUCUCUUUCUCUCACUAUAUAUCUGGUGUCUAUAGUGACUAGUCUACGAUGCAAUCUCACGUGCAACACGCUGUAGCUAUGUAUGAUAAUGGUAGGGUUUGAUCAAAGGCCUUUAAAGUCCCAUGGCUUUUCUUUCUCUCUUUCUCUUCAGGGGUUAAAAGGGAUACUUUUUAUUUGAUCUUUUGUUAUCUAGCACUUGGGCUUAUGCUAACUUCCUUUGGGUUUCUUUGAAGGAUACUCUUUCUUGAUUCUUCUAAUAAACUUCAGCUACAAUAUAACUCUCUUUCUCCUUUCUACUAUAGCCUCUUAAAAACUCCCUCUUCUUGUACUCUAGCUGGUGGGUCUAUGCUUCUAAUCUUCUCUUCGUGCUUCUCUGUCACUGUGUUAACUGAGAGGAAAACAAAAAGUAAAGCAACACAUUUUUAGACAAUAUACAAUUCAAAUAUCUAGUGUUUCUUUGUGUGCUCUUUUUUCUUUCUUGGAACAGAGAGGUAUGGCACUUGAUGCUGUAGUGUAUCCACAAGACCCGUUUUGUUAUUAUGGAUAUAAAGAUUGCUACGGAGGAGGAGGACAUUGGGGCUAUGAUAUUGCUCUGCAAGAAGAUGACAAAGCUUUUCUUGGAAUUCUAGAAGACAACAACAAUAACAUAGAGCAGCAACAAGCUACUGGUUUUCAAGCAAAUUGGGAUUCUUCAUCUCCACCUAUUAUACAACGUCAUGCAAAGGAUUAUCAUCAGUGGGAAUAUCCUAAUUCUUCCCCUGAAACUUGCACUACUGAUAAUUAUCAAUCUCUCUCUGCUGAUGUACUCCAUCCAACAUCGGAACCACCGCCACCGCCUACCACCACAGGCCGGAGGAAGCGAAGACGCACAAAGAACCCCAAGGACAAGGAGGAGAUAGAGAACCAAAGGAUGACUCACAUUGCGGUUGAACGCAACCGCAGGAAACGAAUGAAUGAAUAUCUUGCUGUGCUUAGGUCUCUGAUGCCUCCUUCUUAUGUUCAGAGGGGUGACCAAGCAUCCAUAAUCGGAGGUGCCAUUAAUUUUGUGAAGGAGCUUGAACAACUCUUGCAAACAAUGGAAGGCCACAAAAAGACCAAGCAGCAGCAACCUGAUGCCAGUGGCUUCUCUUCAUCACCAUUUGCUGAUUUCUUCACCUUCCCACAAUACUCAACACGAAAUCCGCCCACCACAGCGGAGGAGUCAUUGGCGGUGGCUGAUCAAAAUCAGUGGGCUAUGGCGGACAUAGAAGUGACGAUGGUGGAGAACCAUGCCAACCUUAAAAUACUUUCAAAGAGAAGACCAAGAAAACUCUUGAAGGUGGUGGCAGGUUUGCAAGGCCUAAGACUUAGUGUUCUUCACCUUAAUGUCACAACUGCUGAUCAGAUGGUUCUCUAUUCAGUUAGUGUUAAGAUUGAAGAAGGGUGCCUCCUUAACACUGUGGAUGACAUUGCAGCUGCUGUUAAUCAAAUGCUACACACCAUUCAUGAAGAGGAGGCUACUUUUAGCUAAAAACGUUAUUUGCAAACCCUAGUUUGCUUCUGUAAUUCGGGUUGUUAAUUAACCUCUGAUAAUGGAAGUCAAUUUUUUUUUC